AUAUGCACACAUAUCCACAAUCCCAUGCGCAUACAAUAGAUACUCUGUCUGUAGCUUUGUUUUUUUAUGCCAUUCUUGAAACUCCAAGUUUGCAAAUAGAUUAGGGGCCUCUCUUUCUAUAUCCAACCAUUUCAUUUCCCCUUCUGCAUUUCUACUCUCUCUUACCUUCUUCAUCAAUCCACUUCUCUCUCUCAAGAGCUGGCUGAAGCUAGAAUCUGGAGAUGAGUGCUUCAAAAUUCAUCAAAUGUGUGACUGUGGGGGAUGGAGCUGUUGGCAAAACCUGCAUGCUCAUUUGUUAUACCAGCAACAAGUUCCCUACCGAUUAUAUCCCAACAGUGUUUGACAAUUUUAGUGCUAAUGUGGCUGUAGAUGGCAACAUUGUCAACUUAGGACUCUGGGAUACUGCAGGGCAAGAAGAUUACAGCAGGUUGAGGCCCCUCAGUUACAGAGGCGCUGACAUUUUUGUGUUGGCUUUCUCUUUAAUUAGUAGGGCUAGCUAUGAAAAUGUCCUUAAGAAGUGGAUGCCCGAGCUUCGUCGUUUCGCUCCCAAUGUUCCAAUCGUGCUAGUUGGAACAAAGUUAGAUCUCCGGGACGACAGGGGUUAUCUUGCUGAUCAUAUAGGAGGAUCUAACAUCAUCACCACAGCCCAAGGCGAGGAGCUGAGGAAACAGAUUGGUGCAGCAGCUUACAUAGAAUGCAGCUCCAAGACUCAACAGAAUGUGAAAGGUGUUUUUGAUACUGCAAUCAAGGUUGUGCUUCAACCUCCACGGAGAAAGGAAGUGGCGUCGCAGAAGAAGCGAAACACUACUGGCUGCUCAAUUGUGAGAGGUAUUGUUUGUGGCGGCUGCGUUGCCUAAUGCAAUAGCUUCAAAUGCUCAUAUUCUAACAAGGCAGCCUCAACUCAAAUGUGUGAUGUAAAAUGUAUGUGUUUUUUUCCCCCUACUUUUAAGUCAACAAUGCGUGUUAGUUGAUGGGGGAAUUGUUCAUUCUCUCAGUAUAUUGUAAUGUAGUUUAUGAUUUAUGUCGUGUGCUCGAAAUUAUUACUCCUAUAUUGUUUCAAUUUUAGAGAUUUGUAGUUUUA